AACACUCCUAGCUUCUUUAAAUCAACACUUCACUCUACUUGUCUUUGUUCCUAUCUUUUGCAUUAGCAACAUUAUUACCAAUCAAAAAAUGGACAAGGAACUUCAGCUUUGUUCUGUUGAUGCUGCUAAUGAAGAAGAAAUGGUUUCUCAACAACCACAAAGACGCAAGGGUGGUCUUAUCACCAUGCCUUUUAUAAUUGGGAAUGAGGCACUUGCUAGGAUGGCAAGUUUGGGACUAUUACCAAACAUGAUAUUGUAUUUGAUGGGAUCAUACAGACUUCACCUUGGCAUAUCUACUCAGAUACUUCUUUUAUCCUCUGCAGCUAGCAAUUUCACACCUGUGAUUGGUGCUUUUAUUGCAGAUUCUUUUCUGGGUCGAUUCCUAGGUGUUGGAAUAGGUUCUUCUAUCAGUUUCCUGGGAAUGUCACUGCUGUGGUUAACAGCCAUGAUCCCGUCGGCACGGCCUCCUGCUUGCAACCAUCCAUCUGAAGGUUGUGAAUCAGCAACACCAGGUCAAUUGGCAAUGUUAUUCUCUGCCCUAAUUCUGAUAGCAAUUGGAAAUGGUGGUAUUUCAUGUUCUUUAGCAUUUGGUGCAGACCAAGUUAAUAGAAAAGAUAACCCUAAUAACCGCAGGGUUUUGGAAAUAUUCUUCAGUUGGUAUUAUGCUUUCACAACUAUAGCUGUCAUAAUAGCUCUCACUGGAAUAGUAUAUAUCCAAGAUCAUCUUGGUUGGAAAGUUGGUUUUGGUGUUCCAGCAAUACUCAUGCUUAUAUCCACUGUCUUAUUCUUUCUUGCUUCUCCUCUUUAUGUGAAAAUUAAACAAAAAACCAGCUUAUUCACUGGUUUUGCACAAGUAUCUGUUGCUGCCUACAAGAACAGAAAACUUCCAUUGCCACCUAAAACCUCUCCUGAAUUUUACCAUCAACAAAAAGACUCAGAACUCGUUGUUCCAACUGAUAAACUAAGGUUUCUAAAUAAAGCUUGUGUUAUUAAGGAUCAUGAACAAGAUAUAGCCUCAGAUGGUUCAGCGAUAAAUCGUUGGAGUCUAUGCACAGUAGAUCAAGUUGAAGAACUAAAAGCCAUUAUUAAAGUUAUUCCAUUGUGGUCAACAGCGAUCACAAUGUCUAUUAACAUUGGAGGCUCAUUUGGAUUGCUGCAAGCUAAAUCCUUAGACAGACAUAUCAUUUCAAGUUCAAACUUUGAAGUACCAGCAGGAUCUUUUUCUGUUAUCUUGAUAGUUGCAAUAUUAAUAUGGAUAAUUAUCUAUGAUCGUGUUCUUAUUCCUUUAGCAUCAAAGAUAAGAGGGAAGCCCGUAAUUAUCAGCCCAAAGAAAAGAAUGGGAAUUGGGUUGUUUUUUAAUUUUCUUCACUUGAUAACUGCAGCAAUUUUUGAGACUGUAAGGAGAAAGGAAGCAAUCAAAGAAGGAUAUUUGAAUGAUACUCAUGGAGUGUUGAAAAUGUCUGCAAUGUGGCUUGCACCUCAACUUUGUUUGGCUGGUAUAGCAGAAAUGUUCAAUGUUAUUGGCCAGAAUGAGUUUUAUUACAAAGAGUUUCCAAAGAGUAUGUCUAGUGUUGCUGCUUCCCUUUCUGGAUUGGCAAUGGGUGUAGGAAACUUGGUAUCCUCUUUAGUAUUGAGCAUUAUAGAAAGCACUACUCCAAGUGGAGGAAAUGAAGGGUGGGUUUCUGAUAAUAUUAACAAAGGUCAUUUCGACAAGUAUUAUUGGGUUAUAGUUGGAAUUAAUGCUCUAAAUCUAUUGUAUUACUUAGUAUGCAGUUGGGCUUAUGGACCUACAGUUGAUGAAGUAUCCAAUGUGAGUAAAGAAAAUGGUUCCAAAGUGGAAGAAUCAACUGAAUUCAAGCAUAUGAAUCCACACUUUGAUGACAAGGUUAGUGGUGAAACUAGUUCAAAGGAGAAAGAGUUAACUGAAUUCAAGAAUGGGGCCCAGGUUGAGAAAGUAUUCAAGAAUAGUGAACAAAGGGACUUGAAGGAGGAAGAUUUGUGAUAGAAGGCUUAUAUUUCGUCCAAUUCAUUUGGAGAAAUGUUAUAAACGCUUUUUUUAACACUCCUAACACCUCAUCUUUUAUUUGAUGAAAUUCACGUGGGACUCAUCAUUGUAUGAGGGAUUCAUUUUUAAAGCGUGGGAUCAACAUGUGUUUCAUCCAAUAAUAAAAUGGUGUUAGAGAGUGUUAGAAGAAUGUGUCCAUAACACUUCUCAUUCAUGAAUCUUUUUUAGGAAUUUUAGUUAGCAUAUUUUUUAUUUUAUUUUGGUAUAUUGUUAGUUAUUUUUGAAUUCUUAGGUUCUAAGAUUUUCUUAUGGGCUUUAA